UCACGCACCUUUUGGCUGCACAAUGUGUCUUAAAUCGACCCAGUUGGUUCCGAUAGAUGUGAGAUUCCGUUUUAUUUAUGUUUCUUUUGUAAAGAAGCACAGAAAAGGUUUUAAAAAGCCGUUUAUCGGUGGGAGAAAUGCAUCUGUGCUCAUAAAUCUCAGUCCCCGCUGCGCUCAGGUGUUUCCGCGUCGCCUAGCAACCGCCCUGGCAACGGAAUAAAUGUUUCCGUUGAUCGCGGAAAGUUUUUAACCACGAUGAGUUUAAAAAGGAAGAAACCCGAUUUUUCUGAUAUCCCAGAUGUGUAUGUACAUACCCCAGAUGUACGGUCCGGCAGCCAGGAGCCGUGGAUUGAAGCAAAACCUUCAUUUUCUCUGUUUGAAGGCGCGGAUGAAACGACCGAAGCAGCAGCUCCGGAAAGACAUGGAGGCGAAGGCAGACCCAGCGGAACCACCAGCAAAACUGGAAUUGGGCUUUACCGCAAACCGACCCCGAUGAAGCAGCGCAGCUCCAGGGCGAGCCGGGCGGAUCAGAGGGAGCAGGACCGGAAACUGACAGAAAGUGUCGUGGAAACCUUGAGCCAGCGGGUUGCUGAGGGCGGCGCCACAGAAACUGGAACCUUCAGGUUUACAGAGGAUGCCAAACGUAAAUUGAUGUUUGACUACUACAUCCAGAGGGGCAUCGGCCUGGUGAACCUGGCGCGUCUGCAGGACUCCUGGAUGGACAACAUCCAUGCGCUGAUCCCCCCCAAGCUGAGGCGCCUGAGCACAUCGCUGGAGGAGCUGGAUGUUGAGACCAAGGAGGAAUAUCUGCAGAGCAUCAGGACUGCAAUCCUAAUGAAAACGCUCCAAGAUCAGAGUGGAAAGGAGGCGGGCGCCGAGGAGGAGCUGCCCUCUCACAGACUGGAGAUGAAAGUAGUGCCGAAGCCGUGGAAUCGAUCCUUUAUCCACGCGAGGAGGAAGAUCAGCCUAAACCUUCACUGUGUCACCCGCCCUUUGCUGCAAGUGGUGCUUCUGUGGUACGACUUGUACAAAGACAUCCGACUGAUCGACGUGGCAGCGAUCUGCUUCAAUAAGAAGUUCCUGGAGCUCUCUGAGUUUCAGCAGGUUGUUGCUAAACAUAUUGAGUUCUGCAAAGAUUUCCUCCUGGAAAAUUGGCUUUCUGACGUGCACAAGGUUUUCUGCAUUCCAAAUCUGCUGGCUUCUCUGAGCAAGAAAGGAAAACUCGAGUCUUUCUUAAACUCUGCGGCAGCUCUGAUGACGCUGCAUCUGCAGAAACUUAUGCUCAACUCACUGAGCGACUACACAAAACUCAUUUCUACAAAUAUGCAUUCAGACAGAGCCAGAGGCACAUCAGGCUUUAUUCUGCAUCUGAUCUUAGACGGUACUGAGAUCAAGUUUGAGCCGGACUUCGAGACGUACGAGGAGGCGCUCAUCAAUGUGUUUGAGCUGAUGCUGAAGUCCACCAGCGAUAUUCCACGGGUCGAAUCCACCCUGCUCCCCGAAUGGGAAGAAUACAGUGUUGGGAAAACCUUGAGACCCAUCAUCCUCCCAGAGAUCAUCGAGGUCCAGCAGGAGGAAGUACGCCGGGCGUUCUGGGCUGAGACGGAAAGCCCCAAAGAGCACGUCCACCUGUUCGACAAGUACGCCAUGCUGGUGUCCAAGGAGGCGGAGGAGAAGGUCCAGAAGUUCCUCAGUCAACCGAAACCCUUCCAGGAAAUCAAGGACGAGGCCAUCUACUACCAGGAGCUUGCCGAUGAGAUUCAGUACGCAUCGUGCAGGGUGGCGCAACUCGGCAUGUUUGAGGUCCAGGCCCACAAACUCCUCAGCUCUCUGGCCGAACGUGCGCUGGAGCUCAAGGAGAAACUGGCUGUGCAGAUGUUACACGAUCAUCAGCAAAUUAAUGAAAGGCUCUGCAAAGAGUUUGAGAAGAUUUCAGAGACGGCCCUGAGUACGCCGCCUGAUACUCUGAAAAUGGUGGAGCUAAAGGUCUACGUCCAGAAGGUCAUAGAAACAGAGAUGCCUGAGCUGGAGCAGCGGCUGGCUGACUCCAACAAGCAGCUCUGCGACCUGAUGGACUUCGUCACCCUGUCGCCGGACGACCUGGAGCUCAACGCCCGAACCGUCCACUGGUUCCAGCGCAUGCCGGCCGUGUUUGAGGAACACCAGCAGAUAAUCGAUGAGAAGACGGAGCUUUACCAGAACGCACUCAAGCUGCAACGGGAGCGUUUCCUGGAUGAGCUGGUGGGCUACAACAUGCAGUUGAAGGAGUUUCUUGGUUUGGGUGAGAUAGCGGAUCUCGGCAAGUACCUGAAGAAAGCGCAGACGCUCAACACCAGGCUGGACAUGGCCAGUGACAAGAUUAAUGACAUCAACAUGGAAGAGGAGGCCUUCGGCUGGCCCGUGUCCCAGUUUCCGCAGCGGAAACAGAUCCAGGACGGGCUCACGCCGUUUCUGCGCCUGUAUGAAACAUCGUUUGAAUUCCUGCAGGACAAUGAGAAGUGGCUCCACGGGCCCCUGUCCGGGGUCCCUCCAGACAAGGUGGAGGGCGAUGUUGGGAACUACUGGCGCACGUUGUACAAGCUGGAGAAAGGUUUCUCUCAAGUUCCCAAUGCCCUGAAAAUAGCCAAGCUCGUAAAGACUAAAGUGGAGAGUUUCAAGUCGCACAUCCCCAUGGUGCAGGUGCUGUGCAACCCGGGGCUGCGGGCCCGCCACUGGGACGCCAUGUCGGAGCUGGCCGGCUUCUCCCUGCACCCGGCCGACGAACAGGCCUGCGUGGCUCAGUACCUGUCCCUGAAGCUGGAGGAACACCUGCCCAGCUUCGACAGCAUCAGCGAGGCGGCCAGCAAGGAGUACUCUCUGGAGAAGGCCCUGGAGAAGAUGGCCGGAGAGUGGUUGGACGUAGAGUUCACCCUGCUGGCCUAUCGGGAGACGGGCACCUUCAUCCUGUCGUCCGUGGAGGAGGUCCAGCUGCUGCUGGACGACCACAUCGUGAAGACGCAAACCAUGAAAGGCUCACCCUUCAUCAAGCCCUUUGAGGCACAGAUACAUGCGUGGGAAGGAAAGCUGCUGCUCCUGCAGGAGAUCCUGGAUGAGUGGCUGAAGGUGCAGUUCGUCUGGCUGUACCUGGAGCCCAUCUUCAGCUCCCCGGACAUCAUGGUGCAGAUGCCUGAGGAGGGCCGGCGCUUCACGGCCGUGGACAGGACAUGGAGGGAAACCAUGAUGCAGGUUUCCCAGAACAAACAUGUUUUGGCUGUGGUGGAGUUUGAGAAAAUGCUGGAGAAGCUGAAACAGUCAAACGAGUUCCUGGAAAGUAUCCUCAAAGGCCUGAAUAACUACCUGGAGAAGAAACGUCUCUUUUUCCCUCGAUUUUUCUUCCUGUCCAAUGAAGAACUUCUGGAGAUCCUCUCAGAGACCAAAGACCCCACAAGAGUGCAGCCCCAUCUGAAGAAGUGCUUUGAAGGCAUUGCCAGUGUUGUGUUCACCGAGGUUCUGGACAUAACCCACAUGAAGAGCAGCGAGGGAGAAACGGUGAAGCUCCUGGACACCAUCUCCACCUCCAAAACCAGGGGCCAGGUGGAAAAAUGGCUGCUGGAGCUGGAGAACGGCAUGACCGUGUCUCUGCGGAAGGUUAUCGGAGACGCAAUCACGGCCUACCAAAAUGAGAAGAGGACCGACUGGGUCCGUGCCUGGCCGGGUCAGACGGUGCUGUGUGUCUCACAGGUCUACUGGACCAAAGACAUCCACGAAGCUCUGGCUUCAGGACCGGAGGCCCUGGAGGCCUACCUGCAGCAGAACAACAGGCAGAUCGACGACAUCGUGGCUCUGGUUCGGGGGAAGCUGUCCAAACAGAUCCGGGUGACCCUGGGAGCCCUGGUGGUGCUGGACGUCCACGCCCGCGACGUUCUGGCCACGCUGGUGCAGAAAGGCGUGCGUGACGAAAAUGACUUUGAGUGGCUGAGCCAGCUGCGCUACUACUGGGUGGAGAAUAACCUUUACACCAAGAUGAUCAAUGCUGGUUUACCGUACGGCUACGAAUACCUGGGCAACACACCGAGGCUGGUCAUUACUCCGCUGACUGACCGCUGCUACCGCACCCUGUUUGGCGCCCUCCACCUCCACCUGGGUGGGGCCCCUGAGGGCCCCGCAGGCACAGGAAAAACAGAAACCACCAAGGACCUGGCCAAAGCUGUGGCGAAGCAGUGCGUGGUUUUCAACUGCUCUGACGGACUGGACUACAUCGCGCUGGGAAAAUUCUUCAAAGGCCUGUUGUCGUGCGGCGCCUGGGCCUGCUUUGAUGAGUUUAACCGCAUCGACCUGGAGGUUUUGUCCGUUGUGGCGCAGCAGAUUCUCACCAUCCAGAGAGGGAUCGCCGCUCACACUGACAUCCUGAUGUUUGAGGGGACGGAGCUGAAACUGGACCCGUCCUGCGCCGUCUUCAUCACCAUGAAUCCUGGCUAUGCUGGUCGCUCAGAGCUGCCAGACAACCUCAAGGCUCUGUUCAGGACGGUGGCCAUGAUGGUGCCGGAUUACGCCAUGAUCGCGGAGAUCGUGCUGUACUCCUGCGGUUUUGUGACGGCUCGGCCUCUUUCGGUGAAAAUCGUGGCCACAUAUCGGCUGUGUUCGGAGCAGCUGUCCUCCCAGAGCCACUACGACUACGGCAUGAGAGCCGUCAAAUCUGUGCUGACCGCGGCAGGAAACCUGAAGCUGGCUUUCCCAGAUGACAACGAAGACACUCUGCUGCUGAGAUCCAUCAUCGACGUCAAUCUGCCCAAGUUCCUGGCCCAAGAUCUGCAGCUUUUUGAGGGUAUCACCUCCGAUCUCUUCCCGGGUGUGAUGCUCCCGGAUCGAGACUACAACAUUCUCCUGAACGCCAUCACAGAAAACUGCCAGACCAUGAACCUGCAGGUCACCAACUUCUUUGCUGAGAAAAUCUUGCAGAUCUAUGAGAUGAUGAUCGUGCGGCACGGCUUCAUGGUGGUGGGCGAACCCUUCGGAGGGAAAACCUCGGCCUACCGCGUGCUGGCUGCAGCGCUUCAUGACAUCUUCAACCAGGGUCUGAUGGAGGAGAACCAGGUCCAGAUCACAGUCAUCAACCCCAAAUCUAUCACCAUGGGCCAACUGUACGGCCAGUUUGACCCGGUUUCCCAUGAGUGGUCCGAUGGCAUCCUGGCUGUCAGCUUCAGGGUCUUCGCCUCCUCCAAGAGUCCUGACAGGAAGUGGCUGAUCUUUGACGGUCCGGUUGACGCCGUGUGGAUCGAGAACAUGAACACCGUGCUGGACGACAACAAGAAGCUGUGCCUGAUGAGCGGCGAAAUCAUCCAGAUGUCGCCGCAGAUGAGCCUCAUCUUUGAGCCCAUGGACCUGGAGGUGGCGUCCCCGGCUACGGUGUCUCGCUGCGGGAUGAUCUACCUGGAGCCCCACAUGCUCGGCUGGAGACCUCACCUCCUGUCUUGGCUCAACACUCUGCCGGCUUUGCUCAACGAUGAGCACAAAGCGCUGAUCACCGGCCUCUUCGACCGCAUCCUGCCGGCCUGCCUGCAGCUCAUCCGGAAGUCCACCAAGGAGCUGUCCCCGACCUCUGACACCAACCUGGUCAAGUCCCUGAUGAAUCUGAUGGACUGCAUGAUGGAUGAGUUUCACGACCCGGGAAAAAUGAAGACCAUAAGCCAAGACGACGUUCGCUCCUGGUUGGAGGGCAUCUUUGUGUUCUGCCUGGUGUGGUCGGUCGGCGCCACCUGCGACGAUUUGGGUCGAGAGAAGUUUGACUCCGUGGUGAGAGAGAUCCUGAGCGGACCUUUGAGCAAAGAGACGAUGAGCCUUCAUGGCAUUCUGGGAGAAGUCGAAAAGCCGCCGAAACUGCUGACGGUUCCUUUGCCCUCCGACGGGACGGUCUACCAGUACCGCUUCAUUAAAGAGGGUCCGGGCCGGUGGGAGCUUUGGACGGACGAGCUAAAGACUGCGCCCGCCAUCAGCAGAGACAUGGAGUUCAACGAGAUCAUCGUGCCGACGGAGAACACCGUGCGCUACAUAGCUCUCAUGCAGCUCCUCGUUACUCACCAGAAGCCGACCAUCUUCAUCGGGCCCACCGGCACCGGGAAGAGCGCCUACAUCACUGACUUCCUGUUGACCAGGCUGCAGAAGGAUGCAUACAGCCCGUUAUUCAUCAGCUUCUCGGCCCAGACCACAGCGGCCCAGACUCAAAACCUCAUCAUAUCCAAGCUCGAUAAGCGGCGAAAAGGCAUUUUCGGACCUCCGAUGGGAAAGAAAAUGGUGGUGUUUGUAGACGACGUCAACAUGCCAGCCAGGGAGGUUUACGGUGCUCAGCCUCCUGUGGAGCUGCUGCGCCAGUGGCUGGACCACUGGAACUGGUACGACAUGAAGGACUGCUCCAUGAUCCGCCUGAUGGACAUUCAGAUCAUGUGUGCCAUGGGGCCACCAGGCGGUGGAAGGAAUCCUGUCACUCCUCGUUUCCUCCGCCAUUUUAACGUGGCAACCAUCAACGAAUUCGACGAGAAGACAAUGUUUACGAUCUUCUCCAGGAUCACAGAUUGGCAUUUCACCAUAAGGUUUCCCUUCCCGAGUUACAUCGCGUCCCUGACCUCUGACAUCGUCAACAGCACUCUGUCCGUGUACCGGGAAGCGACCAAGAACCUGCUGCCAACACCAGCCAAGUCCCACUACCUGUUCAACCUGCGCGACGUUUCCCGGGUCAUCCAGGGCAUCUGCCUGUCCCGGCCCGAAUCCGCAGAGGAGCCGUCUGUCAUCAAACGGCUCUGGGUCCACGAGGUUCUGAGGGUGUACUGCGACCGGCUGGUGCAGGACUUGGACCGCUCCUGGCUCGUCGGCCACCUGCAGGUGGUGUUCGCGGAGCAGAUGCAGGAGAACUUCCACCAGCUGUUCCAGCACCUGGACCAGGACCAGGACGGCGUGGUGACGGAGGACGACCUGCGCAGCCUCAUGUUCUGCGACUUCCACGACCCGAAGGGCGAGGACCAGAACUACCGCGAGGUGCCGGACCUGGAGCAGCUGCGCCUGGUGGUGGAGGCGCACCUGGACGAGUACAACAACGUCAGCAAGGCGCCCAUGAACCUGGUGCUGUUCCGCUUCGCCAUCGAGCACGUCUGCCGCAUCUCGCGCAUCAUCAAGCAGCCGAGCGGCCACGCGCUGCUGGUGGGCGUCGGCGGCAGUGGGCGCCAGUCGCUCACCCGGCUGGCCGCCUACAUGGCCGACUCGGAGCUCUUCCAGGUGGAAAUCAGCAAGACGUACGGCAGCAACGAGUGGCACGAAGACCUGAAGAUGGUGAUGAGGAAGUCGACGCAGGGCGAGGCACACGGCGUCUUCCUCUUCACCGACACGCAGAUCAAGAAGGAAUCCUUCCUGGAGGACAUCGGCAACCUGCUGAACACCGGAGAGGUUCCCAACCUGUUCGCCGUGGACGAGAAGCAGGAAAUCUGUGAGAAGAUGCGGGUUCUGGACCGGCAGCGCGAUCGUGACAAGCAGACGGACGGCUCGCCGCUCGCCCUGUUCAACAUGUUCCUGGAGCGCUGCCGCACACAGCUGCACGUGGUGCUGGCCAUGAGUCCCAUCGGCGACGCCUUCAGGGACCGCCUGCGCCGAUUCCCCGCCCUCAUUAACUGCUGCACCAUUAACUGGUUCCAGCCUUGGCCUGAAGACGCCCUGCAAGCCGUGGCCGAUCGCUUCCUGGAGGACGUUGAGAUGACGGAUCAGUACCGGCAGGGCUGCAUCCACAUGUGCAAGAGGUUUCACACGUCCACUAUGGAGCUGUCGGCUCGCUUUCUGGACGAGCUGCAGCGCCACAACUACGUCACACCCACUUCCUACCUGGAGCUCAUUUCCACUUUCAAAAACCUGCUGAGGACGAAAAGAACCGAGGUGAUGCAGCUGAAGUAUCGCUACAAAGUUGGUCUGGAAAAGCUGCAGUCGGCCGCAGACCAGGUGGCCAUCAUGCAGGUGGAGCUGGAGGCGCUGCAGCCGCAGCUGAUGGUGGCCAGCAAACAGGUGGACGAGAUGAUGGUGGUGAUCGAGCGCGAAUCCAAGGAGGUGGCCGCCACGGAGAAGGUGGUGAAGGAGGACGAGGCGGUGUCCAACGAGCAAGCCAUGGCCGCCAAGGCCAUAAAGGACGAAUGCGACGCCGACCUGGCCGAAGCCACGCCCAUCCUGCAGUCGGCUCUGGACGCGCUGAAUACGCUCACCCCGCAGGACAUCUCGCUGGUGAAGUCCAUGAAGAACCCGCCUGCAGGGGUGAAGCUGGUGAUGGAGGCCAUCUGCAUCCUGAAGGCCGUCAAGCCGGACCGAAUCCCGGACCCGGGCGGCUCUCUGAAGAAGGUGGAGGACUACUGGGGUCCGGCCAAGAAGCUGCUGGGAGACAUGCGCUUCCUGCAGAGUCUGCAUGAGUACAACAAGGACAACAUCCCUCUCAACCUGAUCACCGUCAUCCGCCAGAAGUACAUCACCAACCCGGACUUUGUGCCGGAGAAGAUCAGAACGGCGUCCACUGCGGCGGAGGGAAUGUGUAAGUGGGUCUGUGCCAUGGACAAGUACGACAAAGUGGCCAAGGUGGUUGCGCCAAAGAAAGCCAAACUUGCAGAAGCUGAAGGAGAGCUGAAGAUCGCCAUGGACGCUCUGCACAUCAAGCAGGCGGCGCUCAAAGAAGUCCAGGAUAAACUGGCGAAGCUGGAAGAGACUCUGGAGGCAAACAAGAACAAGAAAGCUGAUCUGGAGUUCCAGGUGGAUCUGUGCAGUAAGAAACUGGAGCGAGCCGAGCAGCUGAUCGGAGGCCUGGGCGGAGAGAAAACCCGUUGGAGUGAAAUGGCCUUUAAUCUGGGCCUGCUCUACAACAAUCUAACUGGGGACAUGCUAAUCUCAUCAGGCAUCGUGGCUUACCUGGGAGCCUUCACCUCCAAAUACAGACAGGAUCAGACGGAGAAGUGGCUGGAAAUGUGUAGGGCCAUGGAGAUCCCGUGUUCCUCCAACAUGUCGCUCACCAGCUCUCUGGGCGAACCGGUAAAGAUCCAGGCGUGGAACAUCGCCGGCCUGCCGUCAGACAGCUUCUCCAUAGAAAACGGCAUCAUGAUAUCUAACGCCAGGCGAUGGCCGCUGAUGAUCGACCCCCAGGGUCAGGCCAACAAGUGGGUGAAGAACAUGGAGAAAGCCAACAGCCUCCAUGUCAUCAAGCUGAGCGACUCUGACUUCGUCCGCACUCUGGAGAACUGCAUCCAGUUCGGGAACCCAGUGCUGCUGGAGAACAUCGGCGAGGAUCUGGACCCCAUCCUGGAGCCUCUGCUGCUGAAGCAGACCUUCAAGCAGGGCGGGGCGCUGUGCAUCCGCCUGGGAGACUCCACCAUCGAGUACGCGCCCGACUUCCGCUUCUACAUCACCACCAAGCUGCGUAACCCUCACUACUUACCCAAGAUCUCAGUGAAGGUCACACUGCUGAACUUCAUGAUCACGCCUGAGGGCAUCGAGGACCAGCUGCUGGGCAUCGUGGUGGCUCGGGAACGGCCCGAUCUGGAGGAGGAGAAGCAAGCCCUCAUCCUACAGGGUGCAGAAAACAAAAGACAACUGAAGGAGAUCGAGGAUAAAAUCUUGGAGGUGCUCUCCUCCUCCGAGGGCAACAUUCUGGAGGACGAAACGGCCAUCAAGAUCCUGUCCUGCUCCAAGGUGUUAGCCAAUGAAAUCUCUGAGAAGCAGGCGGUGGCUGAGGUGACAGAGCAGAAGAUCGACGAGACCCGGAUGGGCUACAAACCCAUCGCCAUUCACUCUGCCAUCCUGUUCUUCUCCAUUGCUGACCUGGCAAACAUCGAGCCGAUGUACCAGUACUCCCUGACCUGGUUCAUCAACCUCUUCAUCAACUCCAUCGACAGCUCAGAGAAGAGUGAGGAGGUGGACAAGAGAUUGCAGAUCCUGAGGGACCACUUUACCUACGCGCUGUAUGUCAACGUGUGCCGCUCCCUGUUUGAGAAGGACAAGCUGCUUUUCUCCUUCUGCCUCAGUGUCAGUCUGCUCAUGCACGACAAGCUGGUGGAUGAGGUGGACUGGCGCUUCCUGCUCACAGGCGGCGUGGGCCUGGACAACCCUCACCCCAACCCCUGCAGCUGGCUUCCUAAGACGUCCUGGGAUGAACUCUGCCGUUUGGAUGAGAUCGAACAUUUCCACAGCUUCCGGCAGGACUUUAAGGGACUCCUCCCAGAGUGGAAGAAGGUUUACGACAGCCCGAACCCCCAUCAGACUCCAUUCCCAGGCAUGUGGCAGGAUCACCUGUCCCAGUUUCAGAAGAUGAUGGUGAUCCGAUGUCUCCGACCCGACAAGAUUGUCCCGAUGGUGCAGGAGUUUGUUUCAGAGAGCGUUGGCCAACCCUUCAUCGAACCGCCGCCCUUCAACCUGAGCACGGCCUUCUCAGACAGCCACUGCUGCGCUCCCCUCAUCUUCAUCCUGUCCCCCGGCUCCGACCCCAUGGCGGCUCUGCUGAAAUUCGGAGACGAAAUGGGCUUUUCAGGCGGCAAGCUCACCUCCCUGUCUCUGGGCCAAGGUCAGGGUCCAAUAGCCAUGAAAAUGAUUCAGACAGGCGUCAACGACGGCACCUGGGUCGUCCUGCAGAACUGCCACUUAGCAACUUCCUGGAUGCCGAUACUGGAGAGAGUCUGUGAGGGCCUGCUGCCUGACACCACCCACCCAGACUUCAGGCUAUGGCUGACCAGCUACCCGUCGCCCACCUUCCCCGUCACCGUGCUGCAGAACGGCGUGAAGAUGACGAACGAGGCUCCCAAGGGCCUCCGCUCCAACAUCGGCCGCUCCUACUUGAUGGACCCCAUCUCUGACCCAGAGUUCUUCAACAGCUCCAACAAGCCGGUUGUGUUCAAGAAGCUGCUGUUCGGUUUGUGUUUCUUCCACGCCCUGACGCAGGAGAGGAGGAAGUUCGGCCCGUUAGGCUGGAACAUCCCGUACGAGUUCAACGAGACGGACCUGCGCAUCUCCGUGCAGCAGCUGAACAUGUUCCUGGAGCAGUACCAGGAAGUCCCGUUUGAUGCCUUGCGCUACAUGACUGGAGAGUGUAACUACGGAGGACGCGUCACAGACGACUGGGACAGACGAACUCUGCGCACCAUCCUUUCCAUCUUCUACACGACACAACUAAUCGAUAACCCCGACUACAUGUUUGACUCCAGCGGGCUUUACUACGUGCCACCAGAUGGCGAUUACAACAGCUACUUGGAGUUCACCAAGUCGCUUCCCCUCAACCCGUCGCCGGAGAUUUUCGGCAUGAACGCGAACGCGGACAUCACCAAGGAUCAGGCCGAGACGCAGCUGCUGUUUGACAGCAUCCUGCUCACACAGUCGCGCUCCGGAGGCGGAGACGCCAAAUCCACAGACGACAUGGUGUUUGAAGUGGCAGCCGACAUCCUGAGCAAGCUGCCUCCGGACUUCGACCUGGAGGCGGCGCUGCGGAGCUACCCCACCAGCUACAAGCAGAGCAUGAACACCGUGCUGGUGCAGGAGAUGGGCCGCUUCAACAACCUGCUCUGCACCAUCCGGAGCUCCUGCAUCAACAUCCAGAAGGCCAUAAAGGGUCUGGUGGUGAUGUCAGCAGAGCUGGAGGAAGUCGUGAACAGCAUCUUGAAAGGUAAAAUUCCCGGCAUGUGGAUGAACAAGUCGUACCCCAGCCUGAAGCCACUAGGCGGCUACGUCAACGACUUCCUCCAGAGACUCAAGUUCUUACAGGACUGGUAUGAUCAUGGUACGCCUCCUGUUUUCUGGAUUUCCGGGUUCUACUUCACCCAGGCCUUCCUCACCGGCAGCCAGCAGAACUAUGCCAGGAAACACACGAUUCCCAUCGACCUGCUGGGCUUCGACUUCCAGGUCCUGGACGACAGUCAAUACACCAACCCCCCAGAGGACGGUGUUUACGUCCACGGUCUGUUUCUCGACGGCGCUCGCUGGAACAGGGACACCAACCUUUUGGCAGAGUCCUUCCCCAAAGUGCUGCACGACUCCAUGCCAGUGAUGUGGCUGAAGCCCAUGAAGCGAGUGGAGAUUCCUGAGAGGAUGUGCUACCUGUCUCCUGUCUACAAGACGAGCGAGCGGCGCGGCACUCUGUCCACCACCGGACACUCCACCAACUACGUCAUCGCCAUGACGCUGAACACCGACGUCCCCGCAGAGCACUGGAUCAGACGAGGCGUCGCUCUGCUCUGCCAGCUCAACGCGUAGCUGCAGCUUUGUUUCAGUUCCAAUGUGUAAAUAAAAGUUGAAUAAAUCCAGUUAAUCAGA